CGGGUGUAGACGGAGGUAGACGGAGGAUGUGCGUCUGUGUACUUGUAUUUUGUAUGCAGUGUGUGCAUAAGAUAUCAAGGUGAUGAUUCAAUCAGGCAGGCGCUCACAUAACAUGUCGCAGGAUUUGUCUUCCCGUCCUCCAUUUAGUCUAGCAUGUGUUUUUCAGCCCGGCGAUGCUCGGCACAUUUCCCAUCGGAUGGCGUGCGUUAUAAUAGAGAUUAUUUCGCAUGGCUUUUUCUGGGUUCCCCGGACCAUGCGUUUUGACACAUACUGACUGACGAUCUGCUGCUGCCCGGCCUCUGCAGAUUUCUGCUUCCACUCAUUUGAUACUACAUAUUUCAUCGAACAAAAAAAAAACGUGAGCUUUACCGGGAGGGUUCAGGACUCAAUCAUGGCUUCGCAAUGGCUUGGAUCGAUUCCUCCUCCUCCGGGAGUCGAGCCGAAUUUCAUUGACCCAUAUGAUCAUAUGACGGAGAAUAUUGCGCUGCAUACGGUGUUACUGACGCUGACCACGCUGGCCGUGGGUAUGCGACUUUACACGCGCUUAAGGAUCACAAAGGCCAAACUUGGGGUGGACGACUACUUCUGUAUCAUUUCAUAUUUUAUGAUUAUCGCCUUUUCGGGAUUCAUGUUGAAAUGUUAUACAAAGGGAAUCGGUCGCCACAUGUGGAAUGUUCCCAUCCAAGAUGUCACAGAAAUGCUAAAGUGGUUUUCCAUCGGGUCCUUCAUCUAUUUACUCCUCGGAGGCUGCGUCAAACUUACCUUCCUCUUCUUCUACUACCGAAUCUUCUCGGAAACGAACAAGAUGCGCUACCUUGUCAUACUCGGCAUCGUGUUGGUCGUCGGCUUCAGUCUCAGCCUGUUCUUCGGAAAUGUCUUUAGCUGCAUCCCGGUGGAAAAAGCUUGGAACCCGAUCGUCUCCGGCCACUGUUUGAACCCCGUGAUUCUGCCUUAUGUUUCUGGUAUCUCGAGCUCCGUGUUGGAUCUGUACACACUGGUUUUGCCUGUCCCUGUCCUUGUGGGCCUGAACAUGGAUCUUAAGCGAAAGGUGAAAGUCAUUGCCGUCUUUAGCAUUGGUCUACUUGCCUGCGCCGCCAGCCUUAUUCGCCUCGGAAUGACGCCGAUUCUCCACAGCAGUCCCGAUGCUUCCUGGAAUCUCUCCAAGAUGUCUGUAUGGGCGACUGUCGAAGUCAACGUGGGCCUCAUUUGCGCGUGUCUUAUGCUUCUUCCCGCCUUCCUCAACCACGUCCUCCAAGGUCCAGUCCUGGAUUCCAUGUCUCGCUUGUUCUCCGGAGCUUUUGGUAAAUUAUCUGGGAGGAGGUCGCAUGAGAGCAAGUCCCCUAUUGGGAAUCGCGAUACUUGGGCGGCGUAUGUUGAGCAGCGAGAUUCCGACUCUCAGUUCAAGGGCCUCCACCACCAUGAGGUUGCGCAAAACGAAGUCGCGCAAAAAUAAGCCCUCCCCCCCCCCCCCC